AUGGGAGCCUACAAGUACCUGGAAGAGCUUUGGAAGCGCAAACAAUCGGAUGUAUUGCGCUUUCUGUUGCGUGUUCGUGCUUGGGAAUACCGUCAGCUACCGGUCAUUCACCGUGUGACGGGCCCCACUCGUCUCGACAAGGCUCGCCGUUUGGGCUACAAAGCCAAACAGGGAUUUGUGAUUGUACGUGUUGCCGUGCGUCGUGGUGGCCGUAAACGCCCGAACUCGAAGGGUAUUGUCUAUGGUAAGCCCAAGCACCACGGUAUUAACGAGCUUAAGUUCGAACGCAACUUGCGUUCUGUGGCUGAAGAGCGUGCCGGCAACAAAUUCACAAACUUGCGCGUGCUUAACUCGUACUGGGUGAACCAGGAUGCCACUCACAAGUACUUUGAGAUCAUCAUGGUAGACCAUUCGCACAAGGUCAUCCGUCGCGACCCACGUAUUAACUGGAUCGUAAACGCUGUGCACAAGGGACGCCAACAGCGAGGUCUUACGUCUGCUGGCCGCCAGGGUCGUGGUCUGCGCAAGCGUGGCCACCGUGCCAACAAAAUCAUUGGUUCUUCUUUCCGGCAGAACUGGAAGCGUCGCAACACACUCUCGCUGCGUCGUUACCGCUCGUAG